CACUCGACGAUGGACGCUAGGGGUUGACUUCUUCCGGGACGAAGGAUAGUGGACGGAGAAAGGUUUCUCAUUGGCUUUUGCUUCACUCGACACUCGACGGCGGACGGUGGGAUCGGGAUAGGACUGACGAUUAGAGGCAGAAGGCUGAGGAUGACGAACCCUACUCGCGGCUGAGCUCUUGAUCGACGGAGGAGAGGAAAUGGACGCGAUUUCAGGUGUUGGUUGUCAUCGUCGUCCAUCUGCAUCGAACAGAAAGCUCCGAAUCUGACCUUCGCCUGACGGAAAUUGACGGUAUUUUUCAAUUGGAGACGGAUAUUGGAGACUUCACAGUUUCAAUUGGAGACGAAAUUGACGGAAAUUCCGAAUCUGACCUUCGCGGUUUCAAUAGGAGACUUCACCCCUAUCUACUAGGUAUUUUUUCGAUUUUCCAAUUAUUAUUUGAAUUUCUAUGUGCCAAUUUUUCUAGAUCGAAUAGUGGGUUUGUUUUCUUUUGGAGGUUGCUUGGUUUCGGGCCGUUAUUCCUUGGUUUUUUCUCUGGUUUUUUUCUCUCGUUUUGCAAUGGCCGAGGAUGGGAGGGUUCGAAUCGAGAAGUUCAACGAUACUGAUUUUGCAUGGUGGAAAAUGCAAAUAGAGGCGUUGCUUGGUGAGUGCGAUUUGGACAUGGUACUGGAAGAGAAACCGGAUGGAAUGGAUAAGGCUGCUGAAGCAAUUUGGGACGCAAAGGACAAAAAGGCAAGAGGUAAAAUUACACUAGCUUUGACGAGGAGUGUGGCGUUUAAUAUCAUGAAGGAAACAACUGCUCGUGGUAUGUUAACAACUCUGUCAAAUAUGUAUGAGAAAUCGUCGGCCGGUAAUAGAGUGCUCUUGAUGAGGGAAUUGUUCAUGAUGAGAAUGAACGAGGGCAGCCCAGUUGCUGAUCACAUUAAUGAGGUCAAUUCGAUCUUGUCGAGGUUGUCAUCAGUAAGUAUGAAGUUCAUUGAUGACACUCAGGCUGUGAUUCUGUUAUCUUCCUUGCCUGAUAGUUGGUCGGGAUUUGUGACAACGGUUACUGAAACUGCUGGAACAGGAAACAUGAAGUUUGAUCGGAUACGGGAUAGUGUUUUGGGUGAAGACAUUCGUCGGAGGAACGCUAGUGGAGGAUCUACUUCUGGGUUACUCAGUGUUAGCAGGGGAAGAGGUAAUAACAAAAACAGUGGGAGUCGUGGGAAGAGCUCGUCUAAGGCUGGAAAGAAUGUGGUGUGCUGGGUCUGCAAAGAAGUUGGGCAUGUCAAGAGUCAAUGCCCAAACAAGAAAAACGAAAUUAGCGCAGUUGUUGGGAAUGCAUCUGAUGAUGAUAGUGAUGCAUUGAUACUCAACAUGGAAAGCUAUGUUGACUCUUGGGUCAUGGAUUCUGGUGCUUCGUUUCACGCCAUGCACAGCGGUGAGGCGAUGGUGAAUCUCAAAAAGGGAGACUUUGGAAAGGUAAAGUUGGGUAACGGGAAAAUCCUUAAAGUGACAGGCAUGGGAGAUAUUGAUCUAAAAACUUCAUUUGGAACUACUUGGAGCUUACAAAAUGUCAGGGUGAUUCCAAGACUGAAGACAAAGUUGAUCUCAGUCGGACAAUUGGAUGAACAGGGACUAGACGUCAAGUUUGGUGGUGGAAAAUGGAAGGUGAUCAAAGGAAAUUUGGUUAUUGCUCGAGGCUUGAAAAGAGGAUCGUUACACAUGGUACCGGUGACGUCUAAGGGAGUGACCAACCCGGUAAAGACAGUUAACAAAGUCGGGCUCACUGAAUCGGGCAAAGCUAAGAAGGUUCAUUUUGCAAACGUGAAUCUUGGAGUUUUGGGGAUGACAGUUGAGUGUGUUCGGAGGUCUGAAUCAGGUCAGGGGUUUCGCGACAAUGGGAGCAUGGGAUGUGUUCCGAGUACAGUUCUGAAACGUCGUUGGGUUUUGAGGACCAAGAAUCCGAACGUUAAAAUCUCUCCUGGGAAUAGUUUGCUGGAUUUGGAGAGUGGUAAUGGUCAUCGGUGUAUCUCUAGAUCCGGUGGAUUGUGCAAGCCGGUUGAGACAGAGGCUGUGGCGGUUACAGUCACGACUGGGUUGGAGCUCGGUGGAGCUUCAACUGUCCUUUCAGGUUAUUAAUGAAGGGGGUGGUUGCAACUAGAGGAUAUAACUGGAGUCUUAGCUUGUUCUUGGGAACUGGAGGCUUGGAGGACUUGACAGUGAAGAUUACUGAGUUACUCAUGAUGGGUUUACUUGGAUGGCAUUUGUGUCUAUGCGAAAUCCUUCAAGUGGGAGAUUGUUGGGUUAUUCCGUGAAGGCUUUAGAGCUUUGGGCUUUAAGCCCGGUCGGUUAAAGGGAAGAAAUAUGGGGGGCCGGU